AUGAGGACUUCAACAUCCGACGCCUCCUCAACUAGAGGUGAGUCAAAGCAGUCAAAGAAAUCUCCCCUCGACCAGAUGAGCCUCCAACCCCCUCCACCCCAUCCUCCCGUCUUGGUUUCUCCGCCAUGGCGCAUCAUCGUCAUCGCUUCCCGUCAUCCCCAUCCACCUAGCGUUGCCGUCUCGUCUCCAUUCCUAUGCCCGAUCGACGCAAAUGCCGAGCCGCCCGUGAAACCAGAAGCCGCGUCCACUGCCGAAGCCGCCAAACCGCUUGCGCCUCCUCCUCGGCCCGGUCAACAACAAGGUACCGACACUGCUGACUACUUCGCGGCCACGUCCUUCGGGGGCGCCCCAGAAACACUAGGAGGCACUAAGCUGCCGUCGGUCGCCGCCUUGACGUCCCCCUCGUCCCUCUUCCCCGGCCCUAAAGCAACACCAUUCAACUGGGGUGGAGUUUUGCUGCAGACUGGCCCUCUGAGCCCAGCCAUGCUUUCUGGUCCUGCCAAUGACUACUUUGGUGAUACGUAUCAUCUGCGCGGCGGUUUUCCUACGCCCAACGAAUCUUCCUUGAGGGCGGGCCUGACUCCGGGCAGCGGGUCUAUGUUCCCUGCGCCCAGUCCCAACUCCCAAGCCCUCUUUGCCCACCUUGCCAGUGGAGGGACGACGCCUAGCACCAUCGAUUUCCAUCGCACUGCUAUGAGCGUAGCUGCCAGGAGAGAGCAAACAAACGGUGUUCAGCGACAGUCCGGACAAUCCCAACAGGCUCCACCACAGCAACAGCAAUCGGUCACAUCUCAACCCCAAGGGAUCCCCAACGGCCCCGUGGUAGUCAACUCCGAGACGAAGCCCGUGUCCGGUCCCUUUGACCCUCACGCCAACGACGCCUCCAACGGCCUUUUCAUGCUUGCCCAAGGCAGGAACGAGGCCCAAUCGACGAACCAGUUUGCUGUCACUUCGGGCGCAACUAGCCAUGCACACCCAUCCCCCGUUGUGCCCCGGAAUAUGAACACCUCGUCGCAGAUGUCGAGAGCCAAUGGUGGCUCGAUCGGUUCCGUUCGCGGUGUGAGCGAAGGUAGUGUCGCCUUGGACGACAGUGACCAGGCCCGACCCAAUCCACGAGGCAAGGGCAAGAAGAACCCGCCCACCACAAAUAGUCGAAGAAAGGCCGAUAAGGCUCCCGCAAAAGCACCACCGAACAAGAAGUCCAAGGCCAAUAGCGGAGCAGUCGCUAUGGCUGAAGACAUGGAUAUAUCUGACGACGAGUCUAACAUGAAUUAUGAUGAAAACGGGUCCAAAACCAUGACGACGGAUGAGGAGAAACGCAAGAACUUCCUUGAACGAAACCGUUGGCUUGCCAACCUACAGACCAACGUGAAGAUGUUCAACACCGAGAACGAUACUCUGACUUCGCAGAUCACGCAGCUGAGAGCAGAAGUGGUCAACUUGAAGACACUUCUUCUCGCACACAAGGACUGCCCAGUUACGCAACAGCGAGAUCUCCACAGCGCCUUCAUGUCUCAGGCGGUCGAACCCUUCAACCCCCAAAUGAACCCCUAUGGCAUGGGUGCACCCAUGCCCAAUCAACCGUUCAUGGCUGGCCAGGGUGUUCAACGUCAUUUCUCAUAG